ACCAAGCAAAUGAUUGCCACUCAGAUGGCAUCACUGUGCUUGCGAUACACUCACACUUGGGCAGUUACCCUCACAGAUUAAGUUACUCCAACGAAAAAGUAGUCGACAGCAGAGCCGAACUUUUACGAAGUCCCAGUAACGACAAGCGAAUACACACACGAAUCAAACGACGGCGCACCGAAUGGAUAUCAGGUUUGGCUUGCAGCACUGUUUCACACACGAGUAUACGAGAACACGGUGGUGACUGCGAGGGUGACGGUCGUUCGCUCGCUGCCAGUGUUGAUUGACAGAGGCCAUCUCUCGGUGAAGUGAGACGUGUUUUUUUCGUGCUGUGUUGCUCAACCGACGAAGUAGGUACCUAAUCUUUUUUUUGCGUGAUUUUUUGGAAGGUCUGCGAAAGAAGGAAAAUUUGCGCUUCACGAUUCGUGAAACGAACGGAAUACGGUGUGUACGGUGCAGAAGAUAAAAAUUUCUAGUGAUUUUCGGAACAGACGGAACAGCCUGUGUUGACUCGGGGGUUGAAGUGCGUGCGUGAAGGCCUGAGGUGGCUUUAGGUCCCGUCUCGGUUUUAUGGCGAAUGUGAAUUUUUCUUGAAUUUGAAAUCUACCGCGACUCCGGGAUCCACACAGGGUGUAGCGGUGUGUUCGUGAGGUGACGUGAUCCGUAAAUAUUGAGCACGCGUGGUUGUGUGCGUGCCUGCAACGACGAACAACACGGGAAAGAGAAAUAGAAGAAUAAUAUAUGUACACCGGAGUGUGGUAGAGUGCGAAAGGCUACUAUAGGGAGGAAUAAGAAGUCAAAGAAGUGGAAUUAAAAGUUUCUUCUCUGGUCUGGUGUUUGCGCGAUCGGCACAUUUUUGUGAUUGGAAUUUCGUAUUUAUCUCUCGAGUUCGCGGCGAGCAGUUUAUGUGAUUUCGAUUUUUCUUGUGCGUUUCGCAGCUGCAGUCCAGCAGUUUGGGGGAAAGUUUUUCCUUGCAGCCAGCGCCGGCCGACACACGGAGUUUGUGCGAAGGAGAAAAUCGGAAUUCGAUGAUAGCCAGAUCCAAUCGGGUGGAAAAUAGCGGGUUGAUUUGUUGAAGUGGUUAUAGUUGGAGAGAAAGUGUAAAUAAGGCACCGAGAAGACCCAGUGGAAAAUCCUCAAGAAAACACAAACAAAAACACACGUACGGGGUUUCGGAAGUGAAGUGGGCAGGCAGCAUCACCCCGGGUCCAGAACGGAGCGCAACAGCCGGGUGAGCUGUUUCCAUCUUCUAAGUAUUUCCUGAGCGAGAGGAAGCUCGACAACGGUCAGCUCGGAUAAUUAAACCAAGGCAGUACCUACGGCAUUUGCAGCGGCGACAGCGAGCAACCAACAUUUCCGGAGGGGAGCGUCCAAAAGCCAAUGUUUAAAUGGACGCAACAUCUAUCAUUACGCAAGUUUCGCGCGAUGACGAGCAGCAACUGAAUAGUAGCUAUCCAGGCGAAAAAGUGAACAAUGUAGAUAGGCUAAAACCGCCCAAACGGGGUUUCUUCGAGACGAUAUUCUGCUGCUGGCGGAAUGCGCGGACGAAAAGCAAUCAAAAUGGGACCCCCAUCGAUGGUUCGAUCACGCCCCCGCCAAUCCAGGGUCAGCCCCGGUAUCUGCUGCCACAGGUCCGACACUCGGAUAUGCACCGGAAGUGCAUGGUGAUAGACUUAGACGAAACACUAGUGCAUAGCAGUUUUAAGCCAAUUCCAAACGCCGAUUUCAUAGUGCCAGUUGAGAUAGACGGAACCGUGCACCAGGUGUACGUCCUGAAGCGACCGCACGUCGACGAGUUCCUGAAAAAGAUGGGCGAGCUGUACGAGUGUGUGCUGUUUACGGCGUCGCUGGCCAAGUACGCCGACCCGGUGGCGGACCUGCUGGAUAAGUGGAACGUGUUCCGGGCGCGAUUAUUUCGGGAAUCGUGCGUCUAUCACAUGGGCAACUAUGUGAAGGAUCUGAACAAACUAGGGAGAGAUUUACAAAAGAUAGUUAUUGUUGAUAAUUCACCUGCUAGUUAUAUUUUCCAUCCGGACAAUGCUCCAAUUCCAAACGCCGAUUUCAUAGUGCCAGUUGAGAUAGACGGAACCGUGCACCAGGUGUACGUCCUGAAGCGACCGCACGUCGACGAGUUCCUGAAAAAGAUGGGCGAGCUGUACGAAUGUGUGCUGUUUACGGCGUCGCUGGCCAAGUACGCCGACCCGGUGGCGGACCUGCUGGAUAAGUGGAACGUGUUCCGGGCGCGAUUAUUUCGGGAAUCGUGCGUCUAUCACAUGGGCAACUAUGUGAAGGAUCUGAACAAACUAGGGAGAGAUUUACAAAAGAUAGUUAUUGUUGAUAAUUCACCUGCUAGUUAUAUUUUCCAUCCGGACAAUGCUGUGCCAGUGAAAUCAUGGUUCGACGACACCAGCGAUUCGGAACUGUUAGAUUUAAUACCGUUGUUUGAGAAGCUAAGUAAGGUGGACUCUGUAUAUACCGUAUUAUGUAACUCCAGUUCGCAGUCGCAGCUGCAGUCGUCCCUGCAGCAGCUGCAGCAUCAAUCCAGCCAGAACCAGCUGCAAUCGAGCCAUCAGCAGCUGCAGCAAUCACAGCAGCAACAGUCCAAUAAUUCGACCGACGUCAACAAUACGUAACAUUGGCAGCGAAUGUUCGUCAAAAUCGUAUGAUUACUUUAACGCGGAAGGCGUUGAAUGCAGUUUUUAUCCGUUGUUUACUUUUUUUUUUAUUUUAAAAACGAAUUUUAAAUUAAAUCAAACUAAUUUAACACAGUACAGUGCCGUUAAACACAGUUUUUUUUUGUUUGCGAGAAACAAAGUAUAUGGCAAAGCGAUUUAUGUGCAACAAAUUACUUCAAAGCAUUAGGAGGGAUUUUAUAUCAGAAAAACAGCAACAAAUUUGGAAUGGGUUAGGCAAAACUAAAGUAACAAAACAAAUUUAUUUAUAUACCACGAAACAGUAGUAUGUAUAUGUACCUAAUGAAUGUAUGAUUUUGAGGCGAAUGAAUCCAAUUUGGCUACGCUUUUUCUACAGAAUUUGAGUUUCGAAUACGAAGCGAUAUCUGCCAACGCACUGUUGUUGCUUGGUUUCUGUAAUGCUGCAGCCUUCACGGAUGAUGCCCAUAAGUUGGUCAAACUUUGAAUCCGCUUUGGAGGCAUAACCUCACAAAGUUUUAUAAAACUCACGUAAGUUUCGACGUUUGCCAUACUUAGAGAGAAAAAAAAGAACAAAGAAGUUUUUUAACAGUUGACCUGGUAAAAGACCUGAACAACCAGUAUCAAACUUUGUGAGGUUAUGUUCGGUGGUUUUAUAAAUAAGACGAUGCGGAUUUGAAGUUUGAAACCUGAGUUAGAGCAUGUUUGUGAGGGCCCAUAAUACACUGCCUCUCGAAGAAGAUGAUAAAAUCAAGCCGAAAAAGAUGCUGGAUCGAAAAUAGGUGGUGGAUUGGAUGAUUAUGUCAACAACAUCCAACGAAGAAUGCCGCAAGCAAUCAAACCAAGAGGAGCCAGACAAAUAGAGAGGGGUCAUAGAUAGCGGUUAGGAGGAGGAGGGAACAAUGUAUAUCAUCGUACAUAUCACCACUUUGUAUACAAAGCCAGUCCUAUAGAAGAAGGAAGUCAUAUGUUUGAUGCUUCGUUUACAGAGAUGGCCAAACUUCGGAAGGUUAGGGGAGGAUUAGCGGAUGACAAUGAGGGGUUUGAUAAAUGAUUGCUGCGUGGAUGAUUAUAUUCUUCGUUGGAUGAUGUUCGGUGAGAAGAUGAUUGUGCCGAACUCAGAGCUCGAUAGUUCUACUAAGUUUUAUAAAAUUAGUCUCAAAACUAGACUAAUUGUAUCUUCUCAAGGAAGUUGGAAAACAGGAAACAAGUUAGUAAUAACACAGUGAUUGUAAAGCACAUAUUUGCUUUCCAGUUGUGCACCUCAACUGUGUCGAAAAUGUCCGAUUUCACAGGACAAUCCCAUGCUUGCAAAAAAUGACGCAUUUUUUAAUUACUUCAAUUCUUCAUAGAGCAGCAUAAAAUAUAAGAAAUGCCACUCUAGAAGUUGUCUUCUUCUUUAUGGCUCGACGUUCGCAUUAGAACUUGGCCUGUCACUUUUCAACUUAGUGUUCUUAGUGAUACUCUAUGCCCAGGGAGUCGAGAAAAUUUUCCCGACUGGAACGAGAAUCGAACCCGCCGUCUCCGGAUUGGCGAUCCAUAGCCUUAACCACUAGGCUAUCUGGAGAUCCCAGAAGAUGUCUUAUAUAAUUCUCUAAUUAGCAUUGUUAAUAAUUUCUCAAAUGAUGCCAACAGAAUCCCUAAAAAUAUCAUCAAAAGCUACGCUCAAAUCUUUACAAAACAUCAUCGGAGCAAAAAUAAUGCAUUUUUCAAUCCACCGCCUACGUUUCGCCAGCAAAAAUACAAAUUUCACGCGAUACAUAACGACCACUAGUCGAAUCUAUUAGGGAAAUUGAUACAAAACUAAUCGCAACGCAAUCCAUUCUGCAGCAAGUAGAUAGCUAAAAAACGUCAGGAUUUUCAACAUCCUUACAAACUCAAUUGAAUCAAAACUUAACAAAAUGUUCACAAAACAUCAACUUUUGAAGCAGUGUAAAACUUUGUCUAGAAACCUUUAAGCAGUAAAAAAUAGGUAUGGAAAAUUACUCAAAGGAAGCCGUAUUCCUCCAAAACGGAACACCAAAUCUACGCGAAUUGAGACGAAGGUGAUUGCUAUUACCCAUAUUAUUGCAACACAAAAAAUAUUACUAAUACUACUACUAGCUAUUUUUCUACCACACUUACUACUACUACCUCUAUCGUGAGAAAGGAAAAAAAAACCUGGUCCAAGUAAUCUUUCAAAUCGCAACAUUAACCUUUGUCCCCAAAACUAAAUUCUUCAACAAAACCAAGAUCAGUGAGGUCGUUGUUUAUACCUAAUAGGAAUAAUUGUUUCUGUUUUACUUUGAUGCAUUUAGCUAAAACAGCGCGUGUUUCGCUUCAGUUGUUUUUGUUUCGAUCGAAGCAAGCGAAUCGGUUCCCAUUAGUAAUACGGAGAUAUCUAAACACACACACGCUAACUCACAGAGAGCGAACACGUUGAAAAAAAUGGCGACCGUGUCGUUCACGGCAGACAGAAUGCAUCUGUGUGCGUAUAUAAACGCGUGUGAGAGCGUGAUGACUUUUUGACAAAUAACCGCAAAAUCUGGGGGUUUUUCCCCCUUUACACGUCAGGUUUUUGUAAGUACACAUUGCGCGGUGGUAGUGAAAGCCGCAACCAUUGAACAGUGAAGAUUGUGAACACAUACAGUGAAAUCGAAGGAAUUAAGUAUAUAUUUUUAUAUACACAUACGGAAAUGAAGAUCGAAGUGCUGCAAGUAUAUCGUAGUAGAGGAAUGUUAGUGAGACGGUUCCCGAAAAUUUUGCCCAUAAUAGGUUUUUCAAAAAUCAUUUCCCCGAAUUUGUCAUUUUUAUGAAUUUUGAGUGCUCAGAACGAAACACUGUUCUAAUAAGAUCAAGUAUUAAUACUUCAGUAGAUAUUUCUUUCUUCACAAUGAAAUAUAGCUACGUUUAAAUUGAAAUAAAAAUAUUAUUUGUAACAAUAUGGAAGGGGAACCAUCACGGCAGGGCUCCUAUUUUGGGCACUUUUUUGCUAUAACUCAGUCAAUUUUGAACCAAUUGACGCAAUUUUUGGAACGCGGUGAGAUACAUUGAGUAUCUAGUCGUGUACAAAAUUUCCAGUCAGUUGGUUUGGAAUUGACUAAGCUGCCCCAAAAGUUGCGAAAAGUGUCCAAAAUACCGGCCACUGCCCAAGUGGCUUGCUACCCUACCAUCUCUGCUGAUCGUCGUUUGUUUGAUUUCUGGCAGAAAACAUGCUUGUUAGUUAGCACUCUUGGAGAUGGCUCUUAUUAAACAUAAUGAUCUGGAAUGUUUUACUGUUAAACUCAAAAGUUUUAUUCAAUAUUCAGAAAAAUUACAUUUUCGAGAGAAUAGCUUUUUGAAGAAAACGUAUCUUCCGAAACAUAAGAAUUCGGAAGGAGAGCGUUCGGGCAGACGUAAUAGAACCUAGCAAAAUCAAGUACGUCAACUAAUAACAAUACAUUGACAUAAGCUAAAUUAUACAAAUCAAAUCACAUAUUGUGUAUUUUAAUAACUGCAAACAAAAUGUAUGUAAAAUUUGUACCAUACUAGAUCAAGGAUGAAAAAAAAACAAAGCAAAAUAAAACAAAGCAAGCGAUUUGAUAUACAGACCUUGCACACUCACACAUACACACACAACAUACCCAUCCGGAACUCACGCACUCAUCGCUUCGUUCGAGGGAGCGUGUACAAUAUCGGUGUGAGUCUGCUACCACGUGUCGUACAGCCGUAGGAACCCAAUUUGUAAGUGUAGUAGUUAUAUGGAACUGUGUGCCGAGAGUGGCCGCAAUGGAAGUGUGAGAGUGCGAGCGUGAAUUUAUAUACAUAUGUGCAUGUGUACUGCGGCAAGCAGCAAAAGUAAAUUGAUAAGCAGCAAAAACAAAACAAAAUCAUGAUAGUAAUAGAUCAUAAUAAAGUCAUGGGACAAAUUUUCGUAAAAAAGAGAAAAAAAAAAGAUUAUUAAUCAAAAGAAUGUGUUUUUCAUUUGCGACGCAUUACCAAUCGGAGAAUGCACAGAAUUGAUCGGAUGAGUGAACGAACGAACAUUUGAGUGAUCGUGAGCGAGCGAAUAACAAAAGCAAUCACAAUCGAUCGGAACGCAUGAACGUACGUUCGAAUGGCUUCUUUUCCUUAGUUGUUUUUAGCGUUAGAAUUUUCUUUUCAAGCUGUCAGCUUCUAUUUAGGUUGUUUUAAAUUUUGAACCCCUUUUCAGUUUCUCAAAGAUUUGAAGUAUUUAAAAGUGAAAUGAUAUUUGCACAAAGUGUAUUUUCAGCUUAUAGAAUAUUGGAGAGCAUGGCAACAAUUGGAAAUCUGCUACCAAAAAAACAGAAGUGUUCAAAAGAACCACCAAUCGGAAAGCGAAUUGCAGUACUUUUGUGAAACUAGUUUUAACUAUAAAUAUUCUUAUUUUAUUUAAAACACCACAAAACCUUAAGAUCGUACCGUUUAAAACAGAUAACCUUAUAGAUUUAUCUUCCCCAAAACACAACACCCCCUUACUCCCAUAAUUAGAAUACGCUAGGAAUCUAAUCAUAAGUAGUCAAAAGAUGAUUCAAAAUUAUGUAAUCAAACCGCAAUUGGUUUGGUCAUUGUUCGGUGCGCGAAGCUUUGGUUGGAUCCCACACACACAACAGAUGCUUUGCGCACUGCUCUCAAAGUGAGAAAAUUGGUUUGGAAAAGAUACCAAGAGCGGAAAGAAAUCUGUAAGAAAAAAGAGAAGAGAAACUUAUCGGUUUGAGCAAACACACACAAUACACAACACACACACAGAUAUGGCCCCUUUCAUAUUGUUUAGAACGAGAGAAAAGAUGCAAAGAAUCAAAUAUUAUUUUUUUAUUUUGUUUAUUUAAGCAUUUAUGUAUUUAAGCACAACUGGAAACUUGAAGAAAAAUGCGUUAUAAUAUAUUUCAUUUGAUCAGUA